AUGGACAAAUUUGAUGGAUUUAAGUUUAGUUCCAAAGAGGAACAGGAUGAUAUCGAUACAGUACUCAAGAGGUUUGAGGAAUUUUGCAUGGGAACAACUCAUGAGGCAUUCGAGUCAUACCACUUUCAUGUCAGAGUACAAGAACCGAAUGAAUCCAUUGAUGCCUAUGUUGCGGAGCUAAGAAAAUUGACCAGAGUGUGCAACUUUGAAGCAUUUGAAGAUCGCAUGAUUCGGGACAGAAUUUUAGUUGGCUGCAAGACUGACCACGUGAGAGAAAAGUUGUUGGAAGACCCCAAGUUAGAUCUAAAGAAGGCAAUAGACAUAGCUAGAGCCUAUGGGGCUAGUCAAGUCAAGCUAAAUGAAAUGAAAGAAUUAGCAGUUGACAGAGUUAUGUCAAAAGACAGAAAGAAAUUGUUUCCAGAAGAAAAGAAGCAGUUUUCAAAAUAUUUAGUGGGUCUCCCUAAGUUUGUAAUCGAGACAGACCACAAACCAUUACUGUCGCUGAUGAAAGCAAAAGACUUGGAUUUCCUUACUCCAAGAAUACAGAGAUUCAGGAUGAGGAUGUUGAGAUUUACUUACGACAUUGAAUAUGUUGCUGGCAAGGACCUAGUUACGGCAGACUCGUUAUCCAGGUCUCCUUUGAAAAACAAUAAAGCAGAAGAGGAAACAGUUGAAGUCAGUACAAUAUUUCAGUCGAUCCCCAUAUCAGAUGAAAGACUAGAGGAAGUUCGACGUGCACAGCAAAGGGACAAGGAAUGCCGAGAGGUGAUUCAAUUCACUCAGGGCCAUUGGCCUCAAAGGACGCAUGGAAUAUUAAAAUUAUACUAUGCAGAGCGUCAUUGUUUGGCGGUGGAGCAAGAUAUUCUCUUGCACGGAUGCAGGUUAGCCAUUCCAUCUUCACUGAGGCAAGACAUGCUCCAGAGAAUCCACCAGGGGCAUCAAGGUAUAGUCAAGUGUAGGGCUUUAGCAUGCACCUGUAUUUGGUGGCCUGGGAUGUCUAAGGGUAUUGAAACCCUAGUGAAUAACUGCCCUGAGUGUGAAAAACACAUAGUAUUGCCUCCUCAACCGCUAGUACCAACUCCAACUCCAGAUCACCCUUGGAAAAAAGUGGGAAGUGACCUGUUUGAAUGGCAGGGAGAACAUUAUCUGCUGGUGGUGGAUUAUUAUUCCAGAUGGAUUGAGAUUCCACACCUUAGUUCUCUUACUUCCAAGAGUGUUAUCAACAGUUUCAAGGCUAUCUUUGCAAGAAUGGGUAUUCCCAGGACAGUGCUUACUGACAAUGGGACGUAA